ACAUGUAUCAUUAGCGAAGAAAAAAAUAAUACAGAUAAAACGAACGAAUUAAAUCGUUUAUAAGCGAGUUACCAAAGGCGAAAAUCGAUUCAAUUACCAGUGUGAUUUUAUACUCGUACAUAUAGUGCUAGUGCGUCGAGUGGACUCAAUUAACUGGUUUUCAACCAGUCAUUUUUUUCUAGUUUCAAUUUCAAAUCGUGUCCGCCGUUCGAUAUACUACAAGUAUAGAUCUAUUGCAUUUAAAAAAAUCCCAACAUAAUUCAUAUUUUACGCGACGACGACGGUGAUUCGUACCUACCAUUGAAAGAAAAACUUGCCUAACUCGUUGACGAAUAACUCGAAGAUAAUUUAGUGCGUCUUUUGCUCCCUUUCCUUCAUUAUGUUAUUAAGAACUUUUGCGUAAACUCGACUAUUACCUAUUUUACUACGCUGUUUGAGUGCUGUUCGAUUAUAUCGUAUUAUUGUCGUUCGAGUGCGUGUACAUACUUAAAUAAUUGUGUUGUGAUACUUGGUCGCGAAAUUAGCCAAGUUUUUAGGCCAAGUUGCUGGACUUGGACUUAGUUAGUCGUAUAAUAAACGUUCAUUAGUUGGAAUUCAAAUUGCACACUUUGAUCAAUACUAAUCAUCCCCAUUGUACGAUAACCUGCUAUAAUAAACCAUGCUAUCGAAACUAUCUCUGAAAUUCUUAAACCAUCAAAAAUGCCAACACCUGUUAGCAACCUGUACGAGAAAUUUCACCGGGAUGUACGACUUCAAUUAUGCGGAAGUUGUACGAGACGCUAAAGUAGUCGAUUUCAGAAGUGAUACGUUUUCGCUGCCCAACGAGGGCAUGAGAAGAGCGAUUUAUAAUGCGGAAGUAGGCGAUGAGGUGUAUUCCGAAGAUCCAACCGUUCAAGUAUUAGAACAAAGAUGCUCCAAGCUUACUGGAAAAGAAGCAGCAUGUUUUGUCCCUUCGGGAACGAUGGGGAAUUUAAUAAGUAUUCUAGUUCACUGUGAUAAAAGAAGCUCUGAAAUCAUCGCUGGUAGCCUAAGUCAUAUUAAUUUAUUCGAGCAAACAGGAGCUGCUCAGUUUGGUGGAGUCAAUAUCAGAGAAGUGCCGAACAAUAACGAUGGAACCUUUGAUAUAGAAGAAUUGAAAUCCAGAAUUCGAACUUACGAUAUACACGAACCUAUAACCAAAUUAAUCUGCGUCGAAAAUACCCACAAUAUUUUGGGAGGCAAAACUCUACCAUUGGAUUGGAUAGACGAAAUCGGAGAAUUCGGCAAAUCGCGUAAAAUCCCACUACACAUGGACGGAGCCCGAAUAUUCAACGCAGCCAUAAAUUGCAACGUUCCUAUCUCGAGAUUAGUCCAAGAUUUCGAUACGAUCACAUUCUGUUUCAGUAAAGGCCUCGGAGCACCGUAUGGAGCAAUGAUCCACGGCACCACCAAGUUCAUAGAUCAAGCUAAAAGAGUCAGAAAAGCGCUCGGAGGAAGCGCCAGGCAAACUGGUUUUAUGGCUGCUGCUGCUCUAUACGCUCUCGACAAUCUAGCGCACCUUCGAGACGAUCAUGAAAAUGUACACAAAAUAGCUAACGCUAUCCGAGAAGCGAAUAAUCCUUACGUCACAGUUCCUCCUAGGACAGAUAUCCAUUCGAAUAUAUUGUUGGUUUACGUCAAUCCGGCCAAAUUGACGGCUGAUGAUUUGGCUCACAGGUUAAGAGAAGUAUCACCCAUGGAUGAUUACCCAAUCGUAAUUAAAACUCUACCACUGACGCCGGAUAAAUUAAGGAUAACUUUAUGCUGCAAUAAUAGCGAUUCCGAUGUUGAAGACGCCAUUAUGAAAAUCAAGACUGUUAUUAAUGAAUAUAAGUGAUAAGGUCUCAUAGUAUUUAAGAGUAUUUUUUUUUGUAAUUUUUUAUGUAUGUUUAAUUGUUUAUUGUUUAUAGUUAAUUUAAAUAUAAUCUUUUUUUCAAAA